AUGGCCCAUUGUUCCAGAAAAAAUUUCCUAGCCAUCCCAACGGGAUUUAGCGACAAAAUCCGUCAAGUCAUCCUGAACGAAAAUAAUUUCGCUAACAAGAUGUUAGUUUCUGCAAAUUUCUCUCAACUGUUGAAUGUUAAGAGUCUGUACCUCGGGCAGUGCAGCAUUGAGCAAAUACACGUUGAUACGUUCAAAUCGUUGAAGGCGUUGGAGUUCUUGGAUCUCAGUGCAAACAGGAUCACCUACCUGAGUCCUGGGACUUUUGAAGGAUUGAAUUUGAAACAUUUAUUCCUUAACGGGAAUCAAUUUGUCACACUCGGAUCGAACACGUUUGCUGGAUUGAGAACAGAAGGCUUGUAUCUGCAUGGCUGUUCCUUGAAAAAUCUCGAACCCGAGGUGUUAGAACCAUUGGAAAGUUUGAAAAAUCUCUGGUUACAUGAAAAUCUUUUAUCAAAAUUGAAUGAAAAACUUUUGAAAAGAUUUAGCGGCCUGAGCCACUUGAGGCUGGCGUCCAAUCCUCUCGCUUGCGACUGCGAAUCGCUCUGGCUGAAAAGAUUUUACGACGAGCGGAAAGAAGAUAUUUUCUUCGAAGCACCAUCGCCAAGCUGCUGGUCUCCGAAAAAAUUUAAAAAUUUAACAUUUGAUAAAUUCUCCGUUGAGGACUUACAAUGCUCAGCUCCUAUUCUGUCAGAUGUUGAUUUGGUCCUCAACACAACGUCAGCCACUCUAAAGUGCACGGCGUUCGGCAAUCCAGGUCCCAAUAUUUUCUGGAUCGAACCUUCCGGCAAGUCAACGGUUUUUCGCGCUAAAGAGAUCAAAGAUUCAAAUUUGUUCAUAACCGAAGCCACACUUGAAGUCAACCUGACCAGAACCGUCCUCGUUAAAAGAGGCCCAAACAAAAUGACGUCUGUUAAUUCGCCGCCAGAUAACAAGCAGCAAAAGAAGAGAAGAAAGAAGAAGAAGAAAAAGAAGGAAUACAACCAGAGCGUUUAUGAUAAUUUAUACUUUGACGGCAACGAGAAUAACAACGACGAUUAUGACGAGAACGAUGGCAACUCUGGUGACGAAAACGGCCACGUUCAAAAUUUUUACUCCAUGAUGCAGGCCAGCAAUUUGGAAGACAGCGAUGAUGAUGGUCACUUGUUCAUGGGCCAGUACUUCUGCAUAGCUCAAAACAACAUGGGCAAUGUAACGCUGACCGUCAAUUUGACCCUACCCCUCUCUGCCCUGAUAGGUGCAACGCAAGCACCUCAAGCGAUAGAACAAAAUGUAAAAAAUGCACCGACGAUAAUUGAAGAAAACAUCUUCAACAACAACGUCAACAACAACAACAACAAAGGAGUUAAAAAGCAUCGGCCCAACUACAAUAUUUUCCAUUCCAACAACGACAACAAUCUCGAUGAAAACAACAACAACGUAAAACAAAACGAUAAAAAUUCACUUUCAAGUAACAACAACAACAAAAACAACAAGAACUUAGAUUCAACCGACAACAUCAACGAUGAUGACGACAGCAGAGCUUUCUCAUCUCAAACUCAAAACGAGCGUCUGUACAGCGUGUUAGAGAUGUCGCUGGCAGUGGCGGGCACCUUCCUGUCCACAAUCCUUCUCUGCGUCGUCGCCCUGCUCUUUUUCGUCAACAGGCAGCGAUUCACGACACGAAAGAAGCACCAGGAUGAUGACGACCGCAAAAAACCGUCAGCCAAUGACAGACCCACCCAUCCCUAUUUUAACAGCAACAAAAACAACAACACAUCCGUCCAACAGCAACUGGAAACAUCUGGGGUGGAAUCAGAUGGAUCGCACCUGUACGCCGAGACCAUCGCCCCACUCUACCCAACCGUUGAUUCCUACCCAACGUCCGGCGAAAGUCGUAGAACUUUUUGCACGCUAGACGUUAAAAAUAGUUCAGGGCUCGGCCCUGCUUACCCCCCUACGGUCAUCUGCGACCCCAAACAGUACCAACUGCAGCAUACGAUGAUGUUGAAACCGCAGCCACACGAACAUUCACUUCAACAGCCACAGCAACAUUUGAUGGAUGAUGCUUUUUCGUUGUCAUUGUCCAUGAGAAGAAAGCCACAGCAGCAACAGCAACUACAGCCGCAACAUUUUCUACAUUCACAUUAUCAACAAAUACCGCCUUUCCAACAACAGCAGCAACAGCCGCAACAAGUUUUGCAACAAAAUCUGUACAACACGGAUCAACAGCUGAUCCCGCCAGAUAACGUGUAUUUAACUGGUACUAAUACAAACAGCAGAUACACAAAUUACAUGGAUAGGUAG